CGGUCGCGUAAAGCUGCUCCACGCCUCCGCCCUCGCUCACUCAACCAACCAACCAACCAACCAACCAACCAACCCAGUUUCUCGUCUUCGCCCGGCUUGCUGCUGCUGCUGCUCUGCGGUUUCAACUGGCCCAAUCUCCCCAAUGUGUUCAUCCUAGUCCUUCACUGUCACUAUAGUACUACUACACUGGUCCCCAUCUGCAACCACUCCCUCCUUCUCCCUCUUCACUGUCCCACGCCCAACUCGAUAGGACAUAACUCUACCUUCUCGCAAUGGCUCCCUCUCUGAGCCUGCGCCCUCGCACCGGCGCCAGCGAGCGUCCCCCAACCAGAGACAAUGCCGACCACAGCCUCAUCAUCCCCAGCCGGACCUCGUCUCUCCACUCGAGAAUCACCCAGCCGCUCCCCUCCACCUUGAACGUCAAGCAGGGCGCUAGAAGCCCCAAGACGCUUACCCAUGCCUACAUGGUUUGUGGUGUUGGUCGAGAGCCUUCGCAAUGGGUCAAGGCACCUGCUCCCGCCCAGGGCAAGAUUGGCCACAUGAAGGGUGCUGUCGGAACUUUCUGGCUGCCCGAGAUCUUGGGAAGCAGCCCCAGGCUCGAGCAGGACAACGAGAUUGCCAGGUCUCUGCACUCUGCCAUGAGGGCAUGCUUCCCUCACGAUGUCGAGAUUUGCACUGGCAGAAGCCAGCCUCACUGCGUACAUCACUCGUUUGUUCUGCAGCAGGAUUCCUCCCACACUCUGUACGGUAUUGCGCUCCGUGUCUGGUCGCGCGCCGACGAGAAGAGGGCCGAGACCAUUCGCGAUCUGCGAAAGCGAAUCGAGCCCGACUUCUACGACAAUCCAGAGGAGACAUACUGGAUCCCCUACUGCCUCAGCUUCCUCUCUCGCUAUCCCUUGUACAACUUGCUCGGCGACUACCUCCGUGGUAUGUGGAUUCACUGGAACAAGGCCACCAACCUGUUCCACGCUGAGGAAGUAUCUCGCAUCCUCAGUUUCCCCGCACCGCGUCUGAACGACCUGGUCCGCAUCGACAUGAAGGACUACGCCCUGUGCUACCAAUUCCCCUCCUCGCCCACCGGCUUCCAAAACUUUGCCAUGUGGCCCCUCUUUACCUGCCUGUCCAUUCCCAAUAUUGUGGGCGUCAUCGAGGCCGCCUUGUCACCAACCCGACGCAUCAUCUUCACGAGCCACUACCCCGCCAUGCUCACCGUCGCAGCCGAGACCGUGCGCUUUUGCGUAAGGGUGUACGAAUGGAGCGGUCUCUAUGUGCCCGUAGUUCAUGCGCGUCACGUCAAAGAUCUGGUCCAGGAGCCGGGUCCGUACAUUCUUGGUGUCACCUCGGAAUGUCGUUCGCUCUUCACGGCCCCAACCGAUGCUCUGGUUGUCGAUCUAGACCGUAACUUUGUACUUACAUCAAGUCCUCCAACUGCUCUUUCGGCUGGCCAGAGGACCAAGAUGAUUACUCGCUUGACCCAGGCUCUCAAUGGCGAGGUCGCACCAACAGGUGUGCCACAGCAUCUGCGGUCAGCCUACGGUGGUGGCAAGCUCAUUCCAGCUGGCCAGAUUAUCGUCAUGCGUGGCGAGGUUGAGAGCAUCCAAGACCCCGAAUGGUGGUCUCAGGAUUCUGUCAUGUCCGUCAUGGACCACGUGUGUGAGAAGCUUGGCCGAAACACCGGAGUCAAGGCAAUCUUUGGCGGCUCCGUCAAGAAGCCACUCAUGACCAAGGUCUCUAUGCGUCACUUGAACGAGAUUGUGCGCGAGCGUAACCAAUAUUCACGUGAUGCUCAAGAGGCUUGGACCGACUUCAUCAACCUCAAGCAGCGCAUGGACAGCGAGCUGGGCAAGGUCACCAAGCGAAACAACUUCUUGGUUGAGGAGCUUGAGAGCUGGAAGCAGCAAUUCCUCAAGUUCCAGGCUUUCGCCGAGCAGCUUACCAAGGAGACCCAGGAUCUCAAGGUCAAGAUUGAGAACCACAAGCGUGAGAACCGCCGUCUCAGCAGCCUCAUUGAUCAGCAAAAGGACGAUGCUGCCAGACUCACUGUCCGCCUCUCUGGUACUGAGAAGCAGCGCGACGAUGCUCUCGAGGCCCUCGUCCUCCAGCAGGAGAUUGCCGAGGAGCUCGAGCGUGAGAGGAAGAAGAACAAGAAGGAGCUCGGCGCUCUUCAGCACACCAACUCUGCUAUCCUCCGCCAACGCGACGAAGCACAACGUGUUGUGCUUCACCUCCGUGCUCUCAUCGAGGGCCAGACCCACCAUAUGGAGCACAUUGUCAAGUCCCUCAACCAUGACGACAUGUCAAACUACAUGGAAGCUGGCUUCGAUGAUGUGCCUGAAGAGGACGAGGAGGACCAUUUCCAGGACGCAGAGACCAAGUCUCAGGCACCUACCCACCGUUCUAUCAAGGACAAGUCUGAGGUUGGUACCAUCCGUGGCGUAGCUGGUGUCGACAGCCGCCAGGAGUCAAGAGCAAGCACUGCUCAAGGCAAGCACCUCGAGGGCGAGGAUGUCUCACCAGACAUGGAGCACCGUCUCUUCAACAACCCUGCACGCAGCUCCAAGCGCUUCUCAAACCAGUCCAUGGUCGAUGUUGCUGACCGUGUCCUCCGUGACAAGACCGAUGCUAUCGCAUACAUCAUCCGCAACAUUUCCGAGCAAUGCGCCGCAGCUGUAGAGGGUCUUCAACUCGCCCAGCGCGCUGACAUCGAGGAAGACCACCACAGUGAUCGUCGCAGCAGCGUCGGACAAAUGUCGCACGGCGGCCGCACCCAAUCCACCAUUGGCAGCGAGUAUGGUGACGAGGAGAGCAUGCUCCGCCCCGGUCGCGGAUCAAGCAUCCCCCCAACCCCAGACCUAAGCCACAGGUCCAGCACUUCCAUGUCCAUGGCUAGCGCCAGCACAACGCCAGACCGGUCAAGCCUACAGCACCGAUCUCACGACGUACCUGUUGUGCCAACACGCAUCUUGGAAGACGAUGACGAUGUCGAGGGCAACGGUAACAACGACCUCCAUUCUGACAUGGUGCCCGUCUCCAAGUACGCACAGCCGCUUGGAAGGCCCAGCGGUAGCAUGCGUCACAUGUCAUCGCGUUAAGUGAAAAGCGUACAAGAGGCAAGGACUCUCUUGGUGUUUUGAAUAUUUGUUAUUUUUCCUUGUUUUUGGACAAUCUUGAUUUAUCAUUAGCGAUCGAGACGAGAUUAGCAUUGAUGCCCUUUCCCUAUCCUUGAACUGGCGUUGGCGUCCUUUUUCUUUCUUCUUUCUACUUUCUACAUGGAUGGAGGCCUAGUGCUUUCACAUCUCAAAGUUAUUUCAUUCUCCUUUUGCAUCUUCUUUCAUUACCAUCUUUGAGAGAAGCUUUUUUUUCUCCAUCUUA